AUGUAUCAGCCAGUCGGCCUUGACGCGGUACCACCUCUCUCUCCCGUUUCCAGCCAGAGUAGCCGCAGCCUAGAUGAGAUCGAGGCACAUGCCUCAUCACCCGCCUUGCCGAUACGAGCCCUGUUCCAAGAAAAGCUCUUGCACAAUGAGAGUGCGGGAUUGCCCGCGCUACAAGUUGCGAAUGGAGAUCCGGAUGGCCUUGAUCCCAUCGCAGAGGAUGAUUUGGAUCCAGGCAGCUUCGAUCUUGUGAUGCCUGCCGAGAACGACGCCACCGCGACUGUUGGCAAGUACAAGUUGGAGCAACGAUCGGAGCUGCUCUUUUCGCAACACCACUUGCACGCCAUCUUCGCAGACUCGGCCCACUUACACCGAUUCACAAACUUCUUGUACAGAUACCGCCCAUCGUCUGUUGUGCUGCUCAAUUACUACCUGUCGGCGCUCAAGGCUCUGAGAGCCAUCAACUACAGCAACUCUGUUCUUCGACAGAUGCAUUCCCUGCCAGAGUUCGACUUUACCCACACAUCUACCCAAGCGCUGGAUACGACCAAUCAAGAGUUAAAAGAGAAGGCGGACAACGCGUUUGAAGUCCUGACGAGAGAGGACUUGCCCGCAUACAUUACCCAUGUGUGGAUUCAGACAGUCUCAAUCUCGAUCCGGCAUCGGGUCAUGGGAACCAGUUCCGACUCUUCUGAAGGCCUUGCCGAAGUUUUCUGUCUCACAGAUCCUUCCAGACCAGAUAAUCCAAUUGUAUUCAUGUCAGAGCAGUUCAACCGUACCACGCAGUAUGGCGUUGACUAUGUCAUUGGUCGCAAUUGCCGUUUCCUUCAAGGACCUUGCACAAACCCAUUCAGUGUAAAGCGCAUCCGUGAGAAAUUGGAAGCUGGAAUCGAGCAUUAUGAGACAUUUCUUAACUACAGACGCGAUGGAACGCCGUUUAUGAACCUUGUCAUGCUUGCACCUCUGUACGAUAGUCGAGGCAUUAUUCGCUACUUUAUCGGCGCGCAAGUUGAUGUAUCAGGGCUGGCCAUGAGCUCGUAUGACCUUGGCGCGCUUCGUGGCCUGCUUGAAGAAACCCCCGAUCUCAAGGCCGACGAGCCCCUCCGAGAAAGCCAAAAAGACGAAACUACCCAGUUGGCUGAGAUAUUGACGCCUAACGAGCUUGAAGUUAUGAGUACUCACGGCGGAAGCAUGCACCGCCUUCCUCUACAAGCUGAAAAUGAGCACCAGUCGUGUGAAAAGACGCAAGCCACCGGCACAAUCGAGAAUAACGAAUACGAGCCUGGCCACCAUCGACGCAACACCAAAGGUCGUGUCGUUAUCCGCGAUGGCGGUUCUCAGGAGAACCUGUCCAUGUAUCAAGAUCAGCAUCCACACACGUCCCAGCCCACGGCGGCAUCGCUGACUCUGAACCACAACGGACGCCUCAGUGGCGUAUACGAGCACUAUCUUCUUGUUCGCCCGUAUCCGUCUCUGCGAAUUCUCUUUGCGAGCCCGUCGAUGCGCGUCCCAGGCAUUUUGCAGUCUCCUCUGCUGGAACGCAUUGGUGGUUCCGUGCGAGUACGCGAGCAGCUGGUAGAUGCCCUGGCGGCAGGGCAGGGUGUGACGGCCAAGGUAAAGUGGCUCAACUCAAGACGAAAGAAGAGCAGCCGUCCGGCCGCGAAAAAGGCCAAUAUUAACCACCCUCUGGAGGCUCACUUGGAGGCUGAUGACGAUGUCGAUACAGUCUACGAGCCGGAGCCGGCCGGGAGACCCCGGUGGCUACACUGCACACCGCUAGCUGGGGCAAACAGCCAAGUUGGUGUGUGGAUGGUUGUCAUUGUGGACGACAACGACAACGACUGGCAUUCUCGCCGAUUUGGUGUCGUAGCGCCACCUGUUGCCGCCCCGGCCCCACCACCAGUUCGCCGUCCCGGGAGUGCCACGUCGGCGCCGGGGACUGGCCUGUCCGACAUGGCCUUUGCAGUUGAGGAGAGAAGAGAGACUCAUUCCUCCCACACAGAGCGGCCUGCGAUGCGGCCUCGCCGGUCAUCAGAGACGCUCGGGUACCUGCGGUCGGAAUUCAGCCUGCCUGUGCCCCUGGAGGGUGGCUCUACGCAGGCGAUUCACAACCAGCAUGCCUCAAGCGCGCAGCGGACACCAAGACCGUGCAUGAACAAUGGCAUGCCGGCAUCCAGGUUUUUCAGCCUUGAUGCCCUGUCCCGCGCGACAGGCGAGGCGCACUUCAAACAUCGGCCGACGUCACCCAACUCGCCGCGGAGCAGCAUUUCGAGCAUGUGCCGCGCCUUUCCGCGCCGCGAGCCGUCUCUGUCUCCUUGGCCGGCCCGAUCUGACAGCAGACCCGCUCCCGGGAGCCAACCGGAAAGCAAGCCACGUGUUGUAUCUAUGAUUCCUGAAGAGGCCAGUGACAAGUACAGCAAUCAUAGACGGUCGAGGGAGGAUGAUGAGACGAGUUCUCUGCACAGUCGAGCGUCAGCCUUUACUGUGAGGAUCGGGGAGGAAUAG